AAGGUUAGUCAUGGCUGCUUCUUCUUCAAGAGGGAAGUUAUAGAACAUAAAGUACACGCUACCCCAUUUCCCAUCUCCUUCCAGUUGAUGUUAUAAUCUCUUUUUUAUAGGGUAAUCUGAGCUUCGGGAAUUGGUUUUAGGGUUUCGGAAAGAAGAAAAAGGAUGGAGAAUCUACCUCCAGGAUUCAGAUUCCAUCCCACAGAUGAAGAACUCAUCACUUACUAUCUUUCACACAAGGUGUCUGAUAUCAGCUUCACUUCCAAAGCUAUUGUUGAUGUUGAUCUCAAUAAAUCUGAGCCUUGGGAUCUUCCAGCCAAGGCAUCAAUGGGGGAGAAAGAAUGGUACUUCUUUAACUUGAGGGACCGGAAAUACCCAACUGGGCUUCGAACAAACCGAGCCACCGAAGCAGGGUAUUGGAAAACCACAGGCAAAGACAGGGAAAUCUUCCGGGCAGGCGGCAUUCUUGUUGGUAUGAAGAAAACCCUAGUUUUCUACAAGGGAAGAGCCCCAAAGGGUGAGAAAAGUAAUUGGGUCAUUCAUGAAUAUAGGCUUGAAAGCAAAAACCCUUUCAAACCCACAAAGGGGGAAUGGGUGGUGUGUAGGGUAUUCCAAAAGAGUGCAGCAGUGAAGAAAGCGCUGCCAAGUUCAUCUUCCCAACCAUCGCUUGUAUCUCCAUGGGAUGCAAAUUCAAUCGUGAAUGAGUUUAGCGACGUUGAGCUACCAAACCUCAACAUCAACACCAAGCCAUCAAGUGGCUUCAGCGAUAUUGCAAACCCUAGUUACAGUAAUACCGUUAACCAUGCUCAUAUGAACCCCAUGAACUUAAACCUGGAUUUUGGAGCAGCAGCAGCAAGCUUUCCAUCGUCUCUCUCUUGGCCUUCUACCAUUUUAAGCCCUAAUCUUUCCAUGAAUUCCUUUCUGCUCAAGGCAUUGCAGCUUAGGAAUCAUCAACCAAAAGAUGUCACAGCUGUGGAUUAUUCGAUUCUGUCAUCAACACAAGGGAUUAACAUCCCUCCAUACGCAACAGAUUUAGCUUCUUCUUCCAAGGUUGCAGUUCCUUUGCAGCAACAACAGGAGCAACCAUUCAAUAUGGACUCCAUGUGGUGAAAGGUGUACGCCAAAUAUAUAGUUGAAAGUGUGCAAAAAAGCAAACACUUUGUCGAUAUGACAUGAAAGGUUUGAUUAAGAUGAAAACAAUCUCCAUGCUGUAAUGAACAGUUGUUGAGUUUGGAUCUUAUAUAGUAUGUCUAUGUAUGUACGUAGGUAAAUG